UUUCUCCCGGGCCUGGUGGCUGUGUCACCUGUCUUCUCUCUCUCUUUCUAUCUUUCUUUCUUUUCUUUUCUUUUUCUCUGUGCUGCCUUCCAUCGCCUUCUGGUUGUUGUACUAAUCCCCUCUGUUAUCUACUUUUUAGUUGUUAAUCUUAAUUCUUAAUCCUAAUAAACCUCGUCGCGCCUCGUUGCUUGUUCUUGUUUUCCCUCUCCUUCAAUUCCGUCUGCCCUUUCCCGCUUGGCUGGGUUCGCAUUGACCGUGGAUUUGCUUUGCGACGGCAGUUAAAUUUCACCUCGACUUAGGAAUUAAACUUAUCCCUCGAUUCCAGUGACGCACCGUUCUAGCCCUUCUUCAGACUCGGGCACGUUCUCACCCAUGAUAUUGGUUUAAUUGGUGGUUCUCCCCCCGACCCGCCAACUCGAUCACCACACGCUUCUGGGCUCGGCUUUGAACGCCGUUGAGCACGAACCAAACAGAUUUAACUUGGAAGCAUGUUACACGGUUCCUCUACGGAGGAUGUCCGGCAUCACAGGCCGCCUCCACCGGCGAUUCCACCGUCGCCGACUUUAUCGAACCCGGAUAUGAUCCUACCAUAUGAAGGCGAGCGCGAAUCCUCCACUCCUUCUCCGCCAUUUAACCUCCCUUCCUUGUCCCAUCUCCAAUCGUUCUACAACAACGGACCUUUCGCCCAGGAUCACAACGGAAAUGGCGGUCCUAUGGCUUCUCACCGGUCCCAGAAAAAGCCUUUCCCGCGUCACAUUUGGCAACACGACGCUCUUGAUGCGAGUCGUCGCCUGUCGGAUAUCGGGGAGGAAGAUAUGUCGUCAACAUCGUCGGUAAGCGGAUUUGGGCCUCACUUGGAGGUCACGCAUAACCGCCGAUUGGCAGGCUCACCGGCCUCGCAGCGCACGGCAGAGGACACGGAGGCCAAGGAGACAGGAGGGUGCAGCAGCUCAUCUAGUUCUACAAUUAGUGGCGCUAGUGAGACAUCCUCAUUGGAGGGGGCCAAAAAUCGCCAGAAUGGACAGAGGGCCUCGCAAGAGAGUCGUGCCGUAGAACAGGACCAGUUACUUGAAGCGGUUCGCAUCAUGAAGGAGAAUGCCAUUGGCAGAGUGGUGGCGAAUACUGAGGAAGGAGGCCCUGGUGACGAACUAUCGUCGGUGAUUCUGAGCAGUGAAGCGGAAAGGAUUCUGGAGAAUGCAAAGAAACGGCUCACGCUCAUGGAAGGUAACUUGACUCGGGCUCGGUCUUCGAUGCGGACAUCGCCAUCACUUUCGGUGUCACCAACACCGUCCCCUGGCACCCAAGCGUUGGGGCUGGGUCAACCAGUUGGCGGCUUGUAUCAAUCGAUCUCCCGUGCGGACCGCAGAGCAUCGGCUCGUCCUCGUGCAACAUAUACCUCAUCCCAGGACACGAGUAACAAUCGUCAUUCCCGGGUAUAUAGCGAAACCCGUUUGCCGUCAGCAGACCAAUCGAGUCUCCCAACUGUCGAGCCAGACCUGUCCAGGUCCCUCAGUGCUCUAGGAUCGAGCAGUGUCUCGAACUUCAACAAUGAUGCACGAACAUUUCGUUAUGAUCCAAACAGAGCAUAUCUUACGCACCGUGCGUCGGUAUCAAAACCGCACUCCGCUCGUGCUUCUCCCUUGAACUUGCAAGAAGACAAUUCCGGUUCACCUAAUGGACUAGGAAUCUCAGCGGAAGACACAGAGGAUCAUACCUUGAACGCAGAAGACAUUUAUUCGGUCUACCCUGUGUCUGAUCCUCCAUCUCGGUCACAGUCGCAGCUACAAGUGAGAGAUCUCCAAGACCAGAUGAAGGGUUUGCACAUCAAGAUCUCCAGUCUGAAAGUGAAGGCACAGGAGGACAACCUACGUCGACGUAGCUUACAGAGUCUGCGAACCCCUAGUCCUUUCACGGCGGCAGAUAAGUACUUCACCAAUACAAUGGAGCUAAGAGAUAGUCACCUGCGACCCGGUGCGGGACGGAGUCCGAAUUACACUCCAGAGCCCCGAAGCAGUGGAGAAUACGAACACGCGCGAGACGGCAAUGAGGCUGUCACUAGCCAUUACGGAAGUGAGACAUCUAAUGCUAAUACAAAACCUCCACAACCAAAGGUCCUUGAACCCGUGGACGAAGAUGGGCGGUCGGUCAUUGAGAGCUUGUACGAAGACGCAGAGGAAGGCGAAUACAACUCCGACGACUCAUCUGACAUUGAUCGUGAGGCACUGAGUGAAAUAUUACGCGAGCCUUUGGAGGACUUUGAAGAUCUGGACGCAUUCCCAGCGGUCCCAAAUUCUGACUCUCGACCCCAUGAAGAACGUGAAGAUGCAUUUGACUACGAGAACUUCAUCCUUCACAGCGCCCUGGGAAACUAUUCAGCCAGGUUAAGGCGAACAAGCAAUGUCUCAACUUCGUCGGUCGAAACAACGCGGCCUAUCCAUGAUCGUCCUCACGUCCGUCACUCCCGCACGAACAGCGGGGCAUCCCUGUCCACCGUAGCAUCGUAUGCGACUGCGACUGAAGGAGACCACGACGACCUUGAAAGUGUCCUCUAUUGGGACAGGAGAUUUAAUGAUGAGUUACGUAGUAAUCAGCGUUAUACUUCUGGGCCUGCUGAUGAGAAGCGGCACUCAACUGACUCUGAAUCAGAGAUGGGAACGCCUCGCGCGGUCCGAAGACAGCCAAACAGCAGGAGCCGUGAGGAGGAAUAUCUUUCGACUCCCCGCCAAUCUAUGACUGGGUCUGCAACUCCGACAUCUCUGGUGUCCUCCCUCGUAUCCACUGUGCGAGCGGCGUCUAGUCCCCAUCCCAAGUCCGUGGCUAAUGGCAACAUGGGAAUCAAUGAGGACGACACACGCCUCUUGGAACAGUUGUUCAAGAGUUUGGGCGAUGUUUGCAUGGAUCUUCAGACAAUUACGACCUCCUCCGAUCCAGACCCCAAGCGCGUGCGUCAAUUGAGACGGCGAUUGGAUGCUGCUCGACGGGUGCUUGAUGGGGAGCUUGAUACGUAGGAGAUUCCACGGGAUGAAUUGCUUUAUUUGCAUGUUUUAGGCAUUUGAUGCGUUGCAUCAUCGAAAAUAGCUGGUCCCGAUGGCCCAGAGUUGACGGUGCUUUCUAGCGUUUCUUUCGCACGCGACAGUUGACCUCCAUGAUUUCUUUUGAUACUUGAUACCCAGCUGUUGAUAUCCUCGAACGUUGUCUUCUUGUUCGAUGCUGUACUUGUAAUGUGUGUAUAUAUAUGCCAUGUUUGGCUUGGGAGAAGCUUACUGAGAAGCCAUAUUUUGUGAUCUGGUAUCCUACUUUCGUAGUUCGACCUCUACUACCUCCAUACCUUAGUACUAGUAGUCAUUGAAUUACCCUUUUUGAUAGUCGAAUGAAAUCCGGCGUUUCCCCCCACCCGAACACGUGCCGACGCGGUGGAACCGCGAUUUACUCAGAUUGAAUUUGUUUACCCCUUCUGUCUAUGUUGCAGCGUCAGAG